AUGGUACCUGAGAAUCGGGCAACGCAGAUUGAGCACAGGCCCACCCUGAAGCAGGCAGGCCGCUUGGCCCUUGGCCCGCCUCGGCAGGUGCGGUACAGCCAAAGGAAGGCGCCUGUCAGCUUUCUGCCAGCUUCUGCGAACCCGUCUCCACGAAUGCCAUCACGCUUUCCUUGCCAGCUUCCUCACCGUUACCCUCCUCCUCAGGAUUACCACGCACGCGACACCCAUCUCGUCGCGCGCCGCAACCGCCCUCCAUCAGCACUCCAUCCUACCGACGCCGCGCCUGCCUUUGCCUUUGUGCCUUGCCGCCAUCCCUGCCUGCACCCCUUUGGACCCAAUCCGCCGCGGCGCCACCACCACCACAACCCUCGUGUCGAGCCGAAUGCUCCCCCCAUCGUCGUCGCCCCUGAUCUCGACGCCAUCGCAUCUGCAAGCACCACCACCAGCGCGGCCCUCUUCGAACCUGCUUUACCAGCUUCUGCCCCCCGCGUUCCCGCCCCCUCGCCGGCGCUCGCUCUAGCUUGCCCGGCGCCGCCCACAGAGCGAACCUUCACCAUGUUUUGGAGAUUUGGCGGCUACGCCAACAUCUCCACCAUUGAUACCAUCCUCGACAAGACCGACUUUACCCUCGAGGAGCUGCUCGACGAGAGUGACCUCAUCCAGGAGCUGAAGCAGCACAACUCCAAGCUCAUCGAGUAUCUCCGCGAAGACGCCAUCCUGAAGCGCCUCCUCGAAUACGUCGUCGCCCCCCGCCUCGAGACCUUUGAGACGCCUCAGGACAAUGUGGAGGAAUCGCGCGGGCGGAAUCGCCUAAUGACCUUUUCGCGUCCUCGUACAUCCUCGCGCAACACAGACUCGGCCUCCUAUGACGACCAAGAACAAGAAAAGAGGCGUAACCGCUACGCCCUUGUCGCCUGCGAGAUUCUGAGCUCCGACACAUGGUCCAUCUAUGAGUCCCUCGUCGACAACAAGCAACUCAUCAAGUCAUUUUGGGACUUCUUAUCUCGCCCCGCCCCGCUCGAUCCUCUACAGGCCAGUUAUUUUACCAAGGUCAAUGAAUCGCUCUUUGAGAAAAAGACCGAGGAGAUGAUCGCGUUGCUCCGAAGCCUACCGAACGCCGUUUCCGAUAUGCUCAAACAUGUCGAAUGCCCCAUGAUUAUGGACCUGCUUCUUAAGAUUAUUGCCAUGGACCGUACCGAAGGUGGCCACGGCAUCGUCGAGUGGCUGUACACGAAAAACAUUAUUUCUACGCUUCUCUCCUUCAUCAGCCCCGAGCACUCCUGGGUCGUCCAAACUGCUGCUGGUGACUUCAUCAAAGCCAUAAUUACCAUUUCCGCCAACGCAUCACAAAACGAACAACAAUGCAUCGGACCCAACGAGCUCACCCGCCAACUGGUUUCCGACGAGUGCGUUCAGCAACUCAUUAGCUACAUGCUCCACGGUGGCAACCCGCUCACCGUCGGCGUCGGUAUCAUCAUUGAGGUUAUCCGCAAGAACAAUUCCGACUACGACCCUGAUGUGCUUGCCGAGGCCGAAACCGAACCUUCUAGCCGUGAUCCAAUUUAUCUCGGCACUCUUCUCCGCCUUUUCGCAGACAACGUGCCCAACUUUAUGAGCCUGAUAAUGCAAGACCCAGCACAGGCAAAUGGUCUCGCGUCAACCUUUGGCAAAAAAUUGGAGCCGCUGGGGUUCGACCGCUUCAAGACUUGCGAACUCAUGGCAGAGCUUCUGCACUGUAGUAACAUGGGUCUCCUCAACGAAAUCGGAUCCGAGCAGCUCAUUUCUGCGCGCGACUUGGAGCGCCAGCGCAUGAGAGAUGCUGGACUAUUGUUCCCUGUACGCGAGGAUGAGACGGCUGGUGACAAUUUAACGAUGCGGCGGCAGGGAAUGCCAGGCGAGGGCAGACGUCUCGAAGUCAUGAACCCUAAUGAGGAUGGCUUCGAAGAAGUAGACGGUGCGACCGAAGAAGCCCAGAAGCAAGAAAAGCCAAGCAUUGUAGCGCUGAAAGACGAAGACGACGACUUCGUUGACGAACCCCUUACAUCCCCCAGGCUAGAUACGACCAAGAUUACAGAGAAGCAGUACGAAAACCCCGAGCUCAUCGUCGCACCUCUAUCACCCAGCAAGGCAUCAUAUGCUGAGCUUGACAAAUCAGUCGUCUCUUCAACAGCCUCUGAGUUUGCAAAGCCAACGGUCCUUGAAGACGCAGCAACAACAGAAGGCGAGGAGAACAAAGCAGAAACCUCCGCCGCCACGGUCGAUGGCAUCACCAGGGACACUGGCAAAUUGGAUGUCGCCUCUCCCAACGACCGCUCCGCUCUGGAGCGAGAACUCUCGCCACAUCCUGAAGACACCCCGGCGCCGCUGUUUUCUGCACCACGUGCCCCCGAGCCACCCAUGGAAAACGAUGGGCUUGCGUGGGACGAUAUUAAGCAGGUCGUCGAACCAUCUGAGAUCAUUAUUGCGCACGUUCCUGAGGCUCCUACUGCUCCAGACGUGGACAUGCCAGGCGAGCUAGUUGUUGGAGACUACUUGAAGCAGCAGUUUGUUGAGCACCGCGUUGUUCCCACUAUUUUGUCGUUUUUCUUUAAAUACCCAUGGAACAACUUUCUACACAAUGUUGUCUACGAUGUCGUCCAACAAGUCUUCAAUGGCCCAAUGGAUCGAGGCUACAACCCUACUCUAGCUGUAUCUCUCUUCGAGGCUGCUGAUAUUACGACUGCCAUCAUCGACGGUCAGCAGGCCAGUGAUGAAUCCCAAGCCAAGACCAAGACCCGGAUGGGCUACAUGGGCCAUCUCACAUUGAUCGCCGAGGAGGUUGUCAAGUUUACAGAAAGACAUCCACCUGAGCUACUCUCCGAGACUGUCCUAGACAAGGUGAUGAGCGCAGGCUGGAUCAACUACGUCGAGGGUGCGCUCGCAGAAACUCGCGAGAGGGACAACGCUAUUCUUGGUGGUGUGAGGCCCGAGGUUGCACUUGGCCAACGCGCCAGCAUUGGACCCGGCGGCAUCGGUGGUCUCACGGGCUUGAGCAACACACCAGCCGGCGCCACUGGACUAGCGGAAGCUGGCUUGAAUGGCGGCAUGGAUCUCAGUGACAAUAAUGCGGGCGGCAUUGGGCCGUUUGCCAUUAGCGGAGGCACAUUAAUAUCUGGGUUUGGAAGCAGCAGUGACGAAGAUGAUGAUGACGGGGAAGGAGAAGACGAAGACGUCAACACCGAGUUUCGCUCCUACGAGCAAGGUGGCCCUCACGACCCGCCCUCAAUACCGCCGCCGCCGCCUCCUCCGCCACCAUUGAAUAUUCCACCCUCGCGGGCACGGCUGCAGCUCGCGGCGCGUCUAGCUAUGCACCAGAAGAGCCGAGAAGACAAUGCGGCCUUUGGCGGCGGGUCGUUUCACGGCUUCGACGAUGACGACGACGAUGACAACGAUGACGACACGCGCAAUAGGUCAGACCCCUUCGCGGACGUCGACGACGACGACUUAGACGAUGACUUAGACGAUGACGAGCCCCGCCACCGGGACGACCGCGGAGGAUGGUGGCGCGGCGUUGUGAGCAGGGCGGCCGGCGCCGGCGCCGGUGCCGACGAUGAUGCCGACUCGGACGACGAGGAGUUUGGCGACUUUGCCAUGGCCGAGGAGGAAAGGGGUGGCAGUAUCGCGGGCAAGGACGAGGAAACGACGCCGGACAGGGUGCUCCUGAAACCGCUUGCCGUGAACCCGGUCAAGGAGGCGGCACGCGGUCUGAGCGGACUCUGGCCGUUUGGCUCCCGGGCGGAGACGACGGCAGCGGACAAGGCCACGCCUGAGACAGAGGAGGAGGACAGUGAAGUUGUGGUACCUCGUGCGGCGGCAAGCGCGGCAGACAAGGGCGGCGGUGGCCCAGUGGAGGCCAAGGAGGGCAUUCGCCGCACGAGCAUUGAAGAAGUAGAUGACGACGAGGUGAUCAAUUGA